AUGUACUAUUGGAAAAACCUACAAGUUAGUGUUACUGUUCUUUAUAAAGAGUCUACUGCACCUUCUAGCAGAGUUUGUGGUUCUCGAGAGCAAAACCACCAGGGUGCUACCUCCGAUACUAGGGUAAGUAAAGAGUGGUAUCCACUACUAUAUUGGAAAAAUAAGCCACAACAAAUUUGUAUAGCCAAUGAUCAUUUUUAUAGUUCCUCUGUGGGUGAAUCAGCGGCAGUGAGUAUAGGUUGCCUGAAGUUAACUACUUUAAAAGUAGGAUUUAUGGGUAUGGUACCUAUGCGAGCUAGACCUCCAAAAAUAUGGAAUCUCAGUGAAAUGUUACUGCCAUUGUACAUGUUGCAGAUAUCUUCAGAUAGUAUAACGACU